ACAUUUAAAGAAUAGUUAACGGAUAUAUACCACUUUGAACAUAAUUAUUACAAAUAAUAAUUAAAUAAGUUGGUUUGACUAUAAAAAUGUGUUACUUGGAUGAGAAUGUAUCAAACACAAUCAAGAUGAAAUACUUUGUGUUCAUAUGUGCACUCUUCCUCAUUUUGGGGACAACACUGGCCCAACAAAAGCAAGGUCCUCCUAAUGGUAAAGGUGGAGGAAAUGGAGGAGGCCUUUAUGGAGGUGAUAGACUUGGAGGUGCAAGAAUGGGCCUCGGCGUUAGCGCAGGUGCAGGAGGUAACGCCGGUGGAAGUGCUGGAAAAAAAUGAAACAAUAUUAUUAACAAACUUUUGUUUGAUCAAAUUGUUGAAAACAGAACCUAAGAAUAAAACAUUAUAAAUAUU